AUGUCUAUCUCAUUUUCUCUUCCCUCUCUAUGUCUAUCUCAUUUUCUCUUCCCUCUCUAUGUCUAUCUCAUUUUCUCUCUCCUCUCUAUGUCUCUCUGUCUUUCUCACCCUCUCUAUCCCAUCUCUCUUUUCUCUCUAUCUCAUGUCUAUCUUUUCUCUCUCUCCCUCUCUCUGUCUAUCUCAUUUAUCCCAUCUCUCUCUAUGUCUAUCUCAUUUUUCUCUCUCUCUUUCUCUCUCUCUCUCACUCAAUAUUCUCUCUUUUACUCUCUCUCUCUCUAUGUCUCUCUCAUUUUCUUCCUCACGACUAUCCCAUCUCUCUUUUUCCUCUCUAUCUCAUUUUCUCUUCCCUCUCUAUGUCUAUCUCAUUUUCUCUUCCCUCUCUAUGUCUAUCUCACUUUCUCUCCCUCUCUGUCUAUCUCUUCUCUCUUUCUCUCUAUCUCAUUUCUCUCUCUUUCUCUCUGUCUGACUCUCAAUAUUUCUCUCUUUCUUUCUCUCUAUCUCAUUUCUCAUUUCUCUUCAUUCUUCUACUGUCUAUCUCAUUCUCUCUUCCCUCUCUAUCUCUUUCUCUAUCUUUCUCUUCACUCUCUCUGUCUAUCUCAUUUUCCCUUCUCUCUUUUCUCUCUAUCUCAUUUUCUCUCUCUCUCUCUUUCUCUGUCUCAUUUUUCUAUCCCAUCUCUCUUUUACUCUCUAUCUCAUUUCUUUCUCUCUCUCAUUCUCUGUCUGACUCAAUAUCCCAUCUCUCUCUUUUACUCUCUAUCUCAUUUCUCUCUUCCCCUCUCUCUGUCUAUCCAUCUUUUUUUCUCUCUCUCUAUCUCUCUCUCAUUUUCUCUUCUUUCCCCAAUAUCCCAUCUCUCUUCCCUCUUUUCUCUCUCUCUCUCUUCUCUCUCUGACUCUCAUUUCUCUUCCCUUCUUCUCUGUCUAUCUCAUUUUCUCUCCCCUCUCUAUGUCUAUCUCAUUUUUUCUCUCCUCUCUAUGUCUAUCUCAUUUUCUCUUCCCUCUCUAUGUCUAUUCUCUUUCUUUCUCACAUUCUCUGUCUAUCAAUAUCCCAUCUCUUUUUCUCUCUAUCUCAUUUCUCUCUCUCUCACAUCUCUCUGUCUGACUCAUUUUCUCCUCUCUCUUUUAUCUCUAUCUCAUUUCUCUCUCUCUCUCUCUAUGUCUGACUCAUUAUUUCUUCUCUUUCUAUCUCUAUCUCAUUUCUCUUUCCUCUCUUCUUUCUCUGUCAUCCCAAUAUCUCUCUCUUUUACUCUCUAUCUCUUUCUCUAUCUCUCUCUCAUUCUCUGUCUCUUUUUCUCUCUCUCUCUCUCUCUAUCUCAUUUCUUUUCUCUCUCUCUCUUCUCAAUUUCCCAUCUCAUGUCUUCUCUUUCUCUUUCUCUAUCUCUCUCUCAUUUUUCUCUCUCAAUAUCUCUAUCUCUUUCUCUCUAUCUUUUUCUCUCUCUCUCACACUCUCUGUCUGACUCACCCAAUAUCCCAUCUCUCUUUUACUCUCUAUCUCAUUUCUCUAUCUCUCUCUCACAUUCUCUGUCUGACUCAACCAAUAUCCCAUCUCUCUUUUACUCUCUAUCUCAUUUUUCUCUCUCUCUCUCUCACACUCUCUAUCUCACCCAAUAUCUUUCUCUAUCUCUAUCUCUUUUUCUCUUCUCUCUCAUUCUCUGUUUUCUUUCUUUCUCUCUUUUUCUCUCUUUCUCAUUUCUCUCUCUCUCUCUCCUCUCUCUGUCUAUCUCAUUUUCUCUUAUCCCAUCUCUUUUUUACUCUCUAUCUCAUUUCUCUCUCUCUCUCUCUCUCUCUGUCUAUCUCACCCAAUCUCCAUCUCUCUUUAUCUCUAUCUCUUUCUCUCUCUCUCUCUCUGUCUAUCUCAUUUCUUUCUCUUUUUUUCUCUCUAUCUCAUUUCUCUCUCUCUCUCUCUCUGUCUCUCAAUUUUCUCUCUCCUCUCUAUCUCAUCUCUCUCUCUCUCUCUCUGUCUCUUCUCUCUCUAUUUCUAUCCAUCUCUCUUCUCUCUCUAUCUCAUCUCUCUCUCUCUCUCUCUCUGUCUCCUCACCCAAUAUCUCAUCUCUCUUCCCUCUCUCUAUCUCAUUUUCUCUUCUCUAUCUCUCUCUCAUUUCUCUGUUUCUCUCACCUAUCAAUUUCUCAUCUCUCUCUAUGUCUAUCUCAUUUCUCUCUCUCUCUCUAUCUCUCUCUCUGUCUCUCUCUCUAUCCCUCUCUCUUUUCUCUCUAUCUCAUUUCUUCUCUCUCCUCUCUCUGUAUCUCAUUUCUCUCUCUCUUUUACUGUCUAUCAUUCUCUUUCUCUCUCUCUCUCUCUGUCUGACUCUAUCUCUCUCUUUUUCUCUAUGUCUCAUUCUCUCUCUUCUCCUCUCUCUCUAUCUCAUUUUUCUCUCUCUAUCUCAUUUCUCUAUCUCUCUCUCUCUCUCUGUCUAUCUCUUUUUCUCUAUCCCUCUCUCUUUCUCUCUCUUUCUCAUUUCUCUCUCUCUAUGUCUAUCUCAUUUCUUUCUCUCUUUUACUCUCUAUCUCAUUUUCUUUCUCUCUCUCUCUCUAUCUCAAAAUUCUCUCUCUCUUUCUCUCUCUAUCUCAUUUUCUCUCCCUCUCUAUGUCUAUCUGUCUUUCUCUCCCUCUCAAUAUCCCAUCUCAUUUUUUUCUCUCUUUCUCUCUAUUUCUCUCUCUCUUUCUCAUUCUCUGUCUGACUCAUCCCAAUAUCCCAUCUCUCUUCUACUCUCUUUUUUCUCUCUAUCUCUCUCUCAUUUCUCUUCUCUCUCAAUCUCUUCCAUUUUCUCUCCCCCUCUGUCUAUCUCAUUUUCUCUCUCUCUCUCCUCUAUGUCCAUCUUUUCUAUUUCUCUCUUUUUACUCUCUAUCUCUUUUCUCUUCUCUCCUCUCUGUCUGAUCUCAUUUAUUUCUUCUCUUAUCUCUAUCUCAUUUUCUCUCUCUCUCUCAUUCUCUGUCUGA